UCCUCAUUCAAUCAAUUCAUACCUCGUCGCAGCAGUUUCAAUUUCUCCUCUUUUUCCCCCAAAUUUCACAAAAAUCCCAAACACCCAUUUCCUCUCUCUCUCUCUCUCUCUCGUUUUUCGAUGGCUUUGACCAGAGAACAGUACCUCUACAUGGCUAAGCUAGCCGAGCAAGCCGAGCGCUAUGAGGAGAUGGUCCAGUUCAUGGACAGCCUCGUGGUGGGCUCGGCCGGAGCCGAGCUCACCGUUGAGGAGCGCAACCUACUCUCUGUCGCUUACAAGAACGUCAUCGGCUCGCUGCGUGCUGCUUGGCGCAUAGUCAGCUCCAUCGAGCAGAAGGAGGAGGGCCGGAAGAACGACGACCACGUUGCCCUCGUCAAGGACUACAGAUCUAAGGUCGAGAAUGAGCUCUCCCAAGUCUGUGCCGGGAUUUUGAAGCUCCUCGCGGAUUAUUUGAUCCCCUCGGCGGCUUCCGGUGAGUCCAAGGUUUUCUAUUUGAAGAUGAAGGGUGAUUAUCACAGGUAUUUGGCGGAGUUUAAGGCUGGGAAUGAGCGGAAGGAAGCUGCUGAGGAUACUAUGCUCGCUUACAAAGCCGCUCAGGAUAUUGCACUUGCUGAUCUUGCUCCCACACAUCCUAUACGUUUGGGCUUGGCACUCAACUUCUCAGUUUUCUACUAUGAAAUUCUAAAUGCAUCAGAAAAAGCUUGCAGCAUGGCCAAACAGGCUUUCGAGGAAGCUAUUGCUGAGUUGGACACUUUGGGUGAAGAGUCGUACAAGGAUAGCACUCUCAUCAUGCAACUUCUAAGGGACAACCUCACUCUUUGGACCUCAGAUAUGCAGGACCAGAUAGAUGAGGCUUGAGCUAAUAGCUUUAUCUGCUCCUGAAGGAGGUGGGCUUGAAUGUCAUAAUCUGUCUGUAAUUUGCAUAUAUAGGACUGGAGACAACAUUUUAUUUUGUAUGGUGUUAUGCGACACUUACUUUAUUUAAACUUUUGCAAGAACAUCGAUUGAUCAAUUUUGCCUUUCUA